AUUUGUAUGAUAUAUUUGUUUCUGAAGGCGUGACUUGGUUGCCACGUUGAUUUGGUGGCCGAUACGGGUGUUUAAGUUUACCAUCCAAGUUUGGGAUAUAGUGGAUACAACAUGAGGAAUUUCUCGACCUGUACGCGUAAAAAAUGCAAGGUCGCUUUCGUGAUUAUUUUAAGCGUGGAGCUUAUUACUCUGGCUUUUCUUGGAUACAGCGGGCGUUUAACAUCAUCAUCCAUCUCACGUAAGAUUCCUACAUACAGAGGCCAAAAUACAGAUAAAUACCACCAACAGAAAACCGAGAAAGAGCUUGGGUCUGAAACAGCAACAACAACAACAAUUGGACCGUCUUUGCCAUUAGCAGUAACCAAGCAGAUCACAGAAGCGGCUGUCGUGACUAAAAACUUGUUAACAAACGGACCCACCGCUCGACCCCCUUCAGACACGGAUAUUUUUGGUGAAUUAGGAAAAGAUACGGAGUUAUUCCCACCACUGUUACCCGAGGAACUUAAGAAGGCUAUUAUCCUGGACAUGGAACAGAUGACAGGGAGAAAGGAAAAGCCCAAGUUCAAUCCAGAUUUCAAGAACCCCUGUUGGUACGAGGAGGCCCCUCUCCCCGGCGCCUACGACACCAACUGGUACAGGAACAACCACCCGUUUAAGGAUGUGAUGCCAAUGAAGUUUGACAAAAUGGAACUGGAACUAACACCGAAAUGGGUGCAGACGGGGAGGAGACUUCGAUGCCUUCCUUAUUUCUACCUGGCUGGUAUCGCCAAGUGUGGCACAACCGACCUCUACCUUAGGAUCAAAGAUCACCCCCAUGUGACAGACGGCCUGCUGAAGGUUAUUCAGUGGUGGAACCGUCUAGCCAUACGGAUCAAAGGGAACCUCGAGGAAAAAGUGAGUUUUGGCGAGUUUUUGGACAUAUUUGACCAUGCUGCAUCGGAGAUUGAGGACAACACUUGUUCCAAUUGCUCUCACCUUCAUCCUUCCAUUGUUGGUGAUUACAGCACUAGUACCCUCUUUGACAACGAUUUUUGGCCAGAAAUGAGGGGAAACAACGCCAGCAAGCACGAGCCUGACAUCACCGUAGCCCAUUACAUGAGAUAUCUGCAGCCUGGCGUGAAAAUCAUCGCCAUUUUCAGGGAGCCUACCGCAAGGCUAUAUUCGGACUACCUCUUUUUUACCGGAGGAGUAAAAAGUGAAGGCAAAUCUCCAGCAAAGUUCCACGAGUGGGCAUCAGCCGCAGUCCUUCUAUUUCUUAGCUGUACUAAACAUUAUUCAGUCAGGAGUUGUGUAUAUAGCAAAGAACUAAACCACCAAAAACCUUUGGCGGUAGCUCGGCUUCGACUGGGUCUGUACCACGUGUUCGUGAAAGAUUUCCUUAACGUGUUUCCACGUGAUCAACUUUUAUUCCUCCGUUUAGAAGACUACCAUAGCGACAUGAGAGGGAGUUUAAAUAAAGUUUAUGAAUUCCUUGGAUUAAAAAAACUUAAUCCAUGGGAAGAAGACGAGAUUUUAGCCAGAGCACCAACUAAUUCUAGAACUGAGUCGUAUAGCACCAUUGGAAAAAUGUGGGAUUCUACUAGGACACUUUUGAGAGAAUUUUACGCCUCUCACAAUGACCAGCUAGCUGACUUAUUGAAUGAUGACCGCUUUCGAUGGGCGGAUGUGCUCGCUGAUACAAAUAUCGCUGAGACAAAUACUACAACUGAACGGUGACUAUCGGACCUUCAAAGAACGAUGUUAUUAUAGUUGCUGUGAAAGGCAGAUAGAGGGAUUGUUUUAGCAGUGCAGUUAAAAAGCCUUGUUUUCAUCUUAAUGGAGUACUUGCAUUUAUUUCAACAUUACAGGACGCACCACGUUUUAAGUUGUCAUACAUCCCCAUGGCAACUUAAAACAAUAUGCAAACCUAUCUUAACUGGUUUAGUAAUGGAUGGAAUUUUUAGUACAUCAGUUCUACUUCUUCGUAAAAAAAAGCAAAACAAAAAUAGGACACGAAGCACUCAGUGAAAAGUAAAUAAGGAAAUCAUAUUGUAAAUGUGUAGAUGAUAUAUUCGAUUGGAUAUAGAAAUAAACAUAGAUAUAAAAUGUUUAAGUGCAAUGUAUGAGAAUAAAUUUGUGU